UGUUCUGCAGGAGAGACACAGUGGGACCCGAUGGAGGACAAGAUGAUCGAAAAAGAUCAAUAACUAACCGAUAACCGAGGACAAGCGGUCUAUAAGUUAGCCCGGUGUUCUGACGUCAUGUCUAAACAGAGAAGUACAGCUAAAACCCUGAUCAUCACAGACGAUGAGGAGGUUGAUGCUGAGGAGCUGAACCCAUUCUCCUUCAAAGAGUUUUUACGCUGGAAGAAGCAGGAUCUAGAUCAGGAUCAGGACCAAAACCAAGACCAGCACCAAUUCCUUGACAAUGAGCGGGCAAAAAGCAAAUCAAGUGGUUAUCAGAGGUUGUUUGACACUGGGAAUGUGACCUUUGACCCUGAGGUCAGGAGCUGCUUCUUCUCUGAACCUUCUCAGGCCCCACAGGAAGAGGAGGAGGAAUGGGGUCGGAGCUUCAAUUCAGGUGUAGACAGCACCUCCUCCCUUUGCACAGAGGAGGAAGAAGAAGAGGAAGAGGAGACGAGGUUCUCAUCAAAACCUGAAGUCCAACAGAAAGGAGGAGAGAACUAUGAAGGAGACGAUGAGACCUCCAUUGCUGAACCAGUCACCUCCCACAGGAGAAAGAGCGGGAGAAUCAGUCAGAUACAACAGUUGAAGGAGGAGAACAUGUCCUUGAAGAGAACCAUCCGGGAGCUUCAAAAGAAAUCAGACGCUAACGACCGCAGGGUGUUGGAGCUGUCUGAGGAGCUGCUCCAGAGAAGACGUCAGGAGGAGAGGGAGGCUCAGGAUCUGGAGAGUAUGGUUCACUCUGUGGAGCAGAACCUCCACCUGAUGACGAAGCGAGCAGUAAAAGCAGAGAGCAGUGUUUCCAAACUGAAGCUGGAGCUUCAGCAGCUGCAGGCGGAGGUUGAAUCUUUGCGUUUGGAGAACGACAGUCUGAAGGCAGCAGAGUCAGAAGUUGUCAUGACUAUGAGACACAAUGCUCAGGUGGCGUCUGAGUACCUUAACAAGACAGCAAGUAUCGCCCACUCCUCCAUCCGUCAGCUGUUGGGGGAAGCAGAGACGCUCCAUUUGGUCUCUCAGCUUCUUCAGUCCAUCGACAAGAUUUCCAACAUCCAGUCAGAGUCCUGAAGAGCCCAAGACCCCCUUCAGUCCCUAUGACCUCCACUUGAACCAUAUUUUUGACGGACAGGAGUUAGUUUUUUUUUUUUUUUUUUUUUUUUUUUUGUAGUGGAACAACACCAAAAAGACAAACUUUAAAGGUCAGAAGGUCCCUCAUUUCAUUGCCUCUCAUGUCCCAGUUUAGGGCGCACUCACACUUGGCCAUCCGUACCGUGUCUGGGCCCAUUUAAGCCUAAAGUCCAGUAUGUUUGACCAGUGUGAGUGCAUUCGUUCUGUGCUUGGGCACAGCACGCUUCACGGCCCCGGCAUGAAAGGACGAGGCAGGCCUAGGCACGGCACGAAUGCAAUUGAAGGAGCACAAGCACAGGAAUGUGAUGAAAUGUGAAGUAAUAACAUUGAAAGGACCCGCUUCAGAGCGCACAGAGCACACCAGGCAGCAGCUGCAUGCUAGAGCUGGCAGGAUUUUUCAAGAGAGAUAGGGAGAGAACUAUAUAUUUUGUCUCAUUGUGUUUUAACAAGUUAUAAAGAUUUUAUCAGAGCUGAAGAAUUCAAAGGGGGGGCAGGGGAGGGGCUCAAAUGGGUUUUAGCACAGUACGAAUACAGAUGGCCUAGUGUGAGUGUGCCCUUAACUACCCUCAGCUUCUUUCCUUAACGCCUCUCCUGGAAGCUUAAGCCAUGUUUCCAUCAGGGGGUCCGGUUUGAUUCAGUUCGGUUUGGUAUGGCUUGGUAC